ACACUUAAUCUCUUUCAGAAGAGGCUGAAGGCACGUUUAUGGCGAUUUUUUAAUAGCAGCUUGGAUAAACAGCCGCGAUAUCCCGCGCCGGGCUCGCGGGGGAUGAUUAAUGCUCCCAGAGCAGUCACGCUCACUCGCCUCAGGGCUGGGAUUGUUUUCAGUUAUUAAAGAAGGGGGGGGGGAAAGGAAAUAAUGGACUUCGCAAUGUUUUAUUGGGCUGAUGGGUGUGGAGGGAACACGUUGGCCUCUUUGCUCACCCUGUAUCCCUGCCCAGCUCCAACUGGCUGGUGUAGAAGUGGGGAUGAAGGAUGAAGGAUGAGAGAUGAAGAGGGAGGGAUGAGGGAUGAAGGACGAAAGAUAAGGGAUGAAGGAGGAGAGAUGAUUUCUGGCCAGCCUUUUACUUCUUGCCCCAAGAUGCUCCCGGUCAUGUGCCUGGCACUGAACACAUCUCCUGCACUGUGGCUGGGGGGCUUCCCAGAGGGUGGCUAUCGGGGUCUUGCAUUUAUUUAUGACCCUCCCAAGACAUGGGCUUCAUUUAGGGGCCCUAAGCCGAUGGCUGCCUUCAGCACCUUGCAUUUUCAGGGCCUUGCGAUGUCAUAGUGCAUCCUCGGGCUGCUGGCACUGAUCCCAGCCAGGGGCAUGGAGCCUGAGGAGACCCUACAGUGGAAACCGUCUCCAUCCCAUUCCCAUCCACCGCCAAGCCACCCAGUGCUGCCCCGUGCAGCCAGCCUGGCUCACGUGUGUCCCCCACACCCACAUCAGGACCAGCCUCCCCAGGGUCAUAACCCUUGUCCCAGGGCAAGCAUGAGCUGGGAAGCUUUUUUUUUGCAGGGCACAGUGGAAAUAGUGCUGAUAAGGAGGGUUUCUGCUGCGUUCAGCCUCUGGCAAGAGCUGAGUGUGCACUUGUGAUAAAGCAGCAAUCGUUGCUGUGCAGCUGGGGGUGACCACCCCACAGCCCAUUGCACCCCAUCCCCAUGCAGAGGGGACAUGCCAGGCUUUAAAUAUAUUUUAUCUAGGGAAAAUCUGGAAACAGCCCUGCAGUAUUGUUAAAAAACCUCAGCAGAGAUAUUUUGCAGUCAGACAGCAGGACCCGGGAGUGAGGACUCCUGGGCUCCUCUCUCCAUUCCAUUCCCCAAGCCCUGGUGACGUUGAAGGACUGGCCACAGCACUUAUUCUAACAGUUCAUAAUUAUUUUAGCAAUCACAGAUCUGAAAUAAAUGGCAAAAAAACCCAGUUGCUUGGGAUGUUUCUUUAUAUUUUUUUAAAAAGAUUGGAAAAAAAGUUGUUUGUUUAGAUGAAAAAUUUGGACUGAAGAGGUGAUUUUUUCCUCUCUCCCUCACAGCAGCAUCACUGCAUCUGGGAAAGCAGCUUAGCGAAUUAUACGCUAUGAUAAUUGAUUGAAUUCAUCAGUAAAUAAAGCAGGAGCCUUUAAACUCAGGGUCUGGAGAGGGAGGAAAAAAAUUCUCCACCAGUGAAUUGUACCUACCAGCACAGGAGCUAUCGCACUCAUGAAACCACAGCUAUUGGGAAAAGUAACAAAAAAGGCUGCACAUCUGAUAAAAAUAAAGCUUUUUGAGGUUUAAAUCAGGAGGGAGUCCUUUCUCUCCCCUCCAGGAACUCCUUAGUUGCUCGGAGAGAUGGAUAAGACAGGAGUUUUGAAGCACCCUUUGAAUGCUUUGAGAGAUACAAUGGGGAAGCCAAAAAUGUGAUUUAUGAUAAAAGAAGGGAAAAAUUGGCUUGAGCAUCCACAGCCAGUGGCUGUAGGGCUGGGACAUACCCAGAAAAACCACCAAAUCUUCCCAGCACCAGAGCCAUCCCCAAAUACCUGCUUCUUCACACAACCACCCAAGCUCGCCCUCUCCCAUCACACCACUCUCACAGCCAUUACCUUGCAGCUCCCCUAAGAAAUAUUUGCUGCCAAAUUCCUUAUUUCCUCAUUUUGGGGACUCUGGAGCUGGGGGUUACACCAGUGGGUGCGCCUGCCAGCACUGCCAGCAGCGGGCAGGGAGAUUUAGAGGUCUGGCAAGCCAAGGAGCUUAUCUAAUAUAUGGAGAGCAAGUCGUGCUCCUUCACAAGUGAGGCACCACCACAGCUGCACCCCCGCGACGUGCUGCAGGAAUGGUCUGGCCACCACACACGUGUCCAUGCACACGUGCUCCGGAGAGGAGGAGGAGGACAUCUCCGUUCAGCUGGUGAUGGCGAUGCAAGCCGAUGGGAAGCAUCCUCCCGGCCCAGGGUAGCCGCCGGGGACACCACAUCUCACCCAGCAUCUCUCGAGCCCACGUCCCCGCGAGUCAUUUAGCAUCCGUCUCCGUGGCAACAUGAUUUUCACAUCCUUCGAUACUUCCUGUCCCUUUGGUCUGUGGCACUGGCAGCCCCCAGUACCCUGCCUGCUGGGAGCAGGUGGGAGUACAUCACCCACCCUGGCACCCCUGAGAGGGGUGGAGAGUGGGGACCAGUCCCUCUGCUCUGCAGGAUGUCCCAUGGGUGUCUCUGAGCCCAUCCUUGGUGGGAGCUGGGGCACAGCGAGGAUCUGGGGCAGGACAGGAGCACCAACGGGCAUCUUCAAGCUUGCAAGCAUCUCACCUGCCUUCCUGAGCCAACAGCCAGCACCUCCCACAUGUAGGAUGUUUUUCUGCCUGACCCCAGAUGGAGCUUUUUAGGAUGGGAUGCCAUGAAGUUGUGCUCAUCCUUGGAGAUGCAGCCAUCGAAAGGACCUUUUGCCCAGUACAAUGUCCCAUUGCAGCCCCUCUCGCACCAGCCUUGGAAGAUGUUCAUGUGGAAAAUGAUGGAGACCUACCCUUCCCCUGCGGGAAACACCAACUUUGGAAAAGGCUUCGCUCGCUGGGAUUUCCAGAUAUCAGCACUCCGCUAAGCGCAGAGCGCAUUUCAGCCACGCCUCCCUCCCGAGACCCCCGCCGGUGCCAGUGCUGGAGGCUGUGCCACAACACCCUGGAGCCGGGAAAACCCCUCCCAGCACAGUUGGGAACGCAGCUGGGGCGCAGGAAAUCUCCAUUCAUCGGCGCUUGGUCACCAGCCAAAUUGGAGCCAAACCAACCAUUUUUUCCAACUUCCCAGUAAAUGAGUUUCCAGAGACCUGUGGCUAGUAGGGAAAGGGGUCAGCAAGGGGGGUGCAGGCAGAUGCUGGCUUCAGCCCUGGCUCCAUGACGUCCAGGCUCACAGGCGGUGCCAGUGCUGUUGCACAUCCAUACAGGCUCAGGGGUUGGGGUGAUGAAGGUUGUUUGGGUGCCCACAUCAGCUUGUGCAGGUGGAGGGUGGAAAGGCAGGAUGAGAGGCUGUGAUUUUUGAAGGGAGGUUUAAUAGACAUCAGAGGGUUGCAGGCUCCUAAAUCCCUUUUCUUUUUUGGAAAUGGCUCUGCACACGCUGUAGGGUGCCCAGCCCUGCAGAAGGACUCACCCCUUGCUGAGGGGGGCAUGCUGUCCCCCCCAUGCUCUCCAGAACCCAGCAGGGCCAACAAGUCAAGGAGUUUCUCCCUGUUCCCCCCCGAGAAAAGCUGUGCCCUCCAUGGCCAGUGUCUACUGUGUCCCUAAGGGGUGGUGGCCCCAACGAGGGAUGAUGGACUCAACCAUCCCGUGCUCAGUCUGGGCACGGUUCCCAGCACUGGGGCCAGGCCCUGGAGGAAAGGGAUUUAGUUAAUUAAAUAGAAAGAAAAAAAGAAGAAAGGAACUAUCAAGCCCACCGACAUGGGUCUGGUUUUCAUUUUGAAGGAACUUUUUGUUACUUGUUUGUCAUCAGACUAAUUUCUCCAAGUCCAGAACACUUGGUGUGAUGUGAUGGGAGUUCCUUCACAGCCAGCAGAGAUAUUCCGUUUCUCAAAAAAAUUAGGUUAUGUCAGGAAGGGGGUCACUUUGGCAAGAAACAGCAGGAGAUGGACCUUGGCUGCCCUCCAAGUGAGUGCUUUUCCUUCUGUGCUCGCCCUCGUAUCCCGCGGCGGGUGGCCGGGCCGCUGCUGAGGGGCGUUCGCCGCGUGAUGCUGGCGUGGGGAGGGGAUCUCCUGCCAAGCGCCAUGGUCCAGCCGAGCCGGAUCCCCCUGCGCUGAGCCAGGAGGGGACGGGGACCCUGCAAACAUGGAACUGCCUCCCACUCACCCUGUCCACCCCAGCCUUUCUCCUCCUUGCUUUUUUUUCCACCUUUCCUUCAAUUCUUAUCUGUCUCCUUUCCUCCCUUCUGUCCCAGCCCCUUCCCCUUCCCUCCCGGCAUGGCCAAGCGCCAAAGGGACUUUGUACCCCAAGGCAGCGCUGGCUCCCUGCUCCUUCCCGCAAGCCCGGGAGCUGCCGAAGGGAGAGCGAAAUGCUCCGGUCUUAUCUGCGAGGGGAGGCAGGCUCGGUGGGCAGGGUUUGCGCGAAGGCUGCUGGCUUAUAAGCAGCCGGCAGCGGAGGCAAAGCUCUCGCAAGGCACCGACCGGGGCCCCCCCACUCGUGCACCACUCCCGCCGCGAUGCCCCCGGCACUGGGGCUGCUGCUGUGGCUGAGCCUGGCGAGUGCCCUUCGGCCUGGCCUUGAGCCCCCCAACCAUGACCCCACCGAGGAAGGGGCCGCCCUCUUCGCCAGCGCCUACAACAGCACGGCUGAGCUCGUCCUCUUCGAGAGCGUCUCGGCCAGCUGGAAUUACUACACCAACCUGACGACCGAAAACGCUGCUCUGCAGGUCGAGGCAUCACUGGAGGAGCAAAAUUUCACGGAGCUGUGGGGGAAGAAAGCCAAGGAGCUCUACGGCAGCAUCUGGAGCAACUUCAGUGACCCACAGCUGAGGAAAAUCAUUGGCUCCAUCCAGACCCUGGGACCCUCCAACCUGCCCCUGGAGCAGAGAGAGAAGUACAACACCAUCCUGAGCAACAUGGACAAAAUCUACUCCACGGCCAAGGUGUGUCUGCCCAAUGGUACCUGCUGGGAGUUGGAGCCAGACAUCUCGGAUAUCAUGGCCACCUCCCGCAGCUACAAGAAGCUGCUCUAUGCCUGGGAGGGGUGGCACAACGCCGCGGGCAACCCACUGCGCGCCAAGUAUGAGGAGUUUGUGAAGCUGAGCAACGAGGCCUAUCAGAUGGAUGGAUUUGAGGACACAGGCAGCUACUGGCGCUCCUGGUAUGACUCAGCCUCCUUUGAGGAUGACCUGGAACAUCUCUACAACCAGCUGGAGCCACUCUACCUCAACCUGCACGCCUUCGUCCGGAGGAAGCUGUACGACCGCUAUGGCCCUAAAUAUAUCAACCUGAAGGGUCCUAUCCCUGCUCACCUCCUGGGUAAGAGGAGGGACCCCCAGCCUGCGCCCAGGGGUGCUGGUGGGGCCAGAGGGGCACAUGCAGGGCCAUGGUGGGACAGCGAGUUCCCAGUCAUCACUGUGUUUCUCUUUCUCCCAACCUACCACCAGCUCUGCUCCAACUGUUUUCUCUCCUCAGGCAACAUGUGGGCUCAGCAGUGGAACAACAUCUAUGACCUGAUGGUCCCCUACCCUGGGAAGCCCAACCUCGAUGUCACAAACACCAUGGUGCAGCAGCGCUGGAACGCCACCCACAUGUUCCGGGUCUCGGAGGAGUUCUUCACCUCCUUGGGGCUGCUGGAGAUGCCCCCCGAGUUUUGGGACAAGUCCAUGCUUGAGAAGCCAACGGAUGGACGGGAGGUGGUGUGUCACGCUUCAGCCUGGGACUUCUACAACCGCAAGGACUUCAGGAUCAAGCAGUGCACGACGGUGACCAUGGAGCAGCUCUUCACGGUGCACCACGAGAUGGGCCACGUCCAGUACUACCUGCAGUACAAGGACCAGCCUGUCUCGUUCCGCAGUGGGGCCAACCCUGGCUUCCAUGAGGCCAUCGGCGACGUCAUGUCCCUGUCUGUCUCCACUCCCAGUCACCUCAAGAAAAUUGGUCUCCUCAGCAGUGCCACUGAGGACACAGAGAGCAACAUCAACUACCUGCUGAAGAUGGCUUUGGAGAAGAUUGCCUUCCUGCCCUUUGGCUACCUCAUCGACCAGUGGCGCUGGAACGUGUUCAAUGGCCGCACACCCCCGAACCGUUACAACUACGACUGGUGGUAUCUGAGAACCAAAUACCAGGGUAUCUGUGCUCCAGUUUCAAGGAACGAAAGCAACUUUGACCCUGGAGCAAAGUACCACAUCCCUGGGAACACCCCUUACAUCAGGUACUUUGUGAGCUUCAUCCUCCAGUUCCAGUUUCACAAGGCGCUGUGCCAGGCAGCCAAACACACCGGUCCCCUGCACACCUGUGACAUCUACAUGUCCAAAGAGGCUGGAGCCAAACUCAGGGAAGUGUUGAAAGCUGGGUCUUCCAAGUCGUGGCAGGAAAUUCUGUUCAACCUCACUGGUACGGAUAAGAUGGACGCUGGGCCCCUCCUGGAGUACUUCAGCCCUGUCACCGAGUGGCUUCAGGACCAGAACAACAAGACCAAGGAGGUGCUGGGCUGGCCUGAGUUUGACUGGCGUCCCCCUGUCCCUGAAGGCUACCCUGAAGGCAUUGACAAAAUAGCAGAUGAAGCACAAGCUAAAGAGUUCUUGUCUGAGUACAACAGCACGGCCGAGGCAGUGUGGAACGCCUACACCGAGGCAUCCUGGGCCUACAACACCAACAUCACCGACCACAACAAGGAGGUCAUGCUGGAGAAGAACUUGGCCAUGUCCAAGCACACCCUUGAGUAUGGCAUGAAGGCCAGGCAGUUCGACCCCUCCGACUUCCAGGACCAAAGUGUCACACGCAUCCUCAAGAAGCUGAGUGUCAUUGAGAGGGCAGCCCUGCCUGAGAAUGAGCUGAAGGAGUACAACACCCUCCUUUCAGAUAUGGAGACCACAUACAGCGUAGCCAAGGUCUGCAGAGAGAACAAAAUCUGUCAUCCUCUGGAUCCUGAUCUCACGGACAUCAUGGCCACCUCACGAGACUAUGACGAGCUCCUCUUUGCAUGGAAGGGCUGGCGGGAUGCUUCUGGGAAGAAGAUCAAGAACAACUACAAGCGAUAUGUGGAACUGAGCAACAAGGCAGCCGUGCUCAAUGGCUACACGGACAAUGGGGCCUUCUGGAGAUCCCUGUAUGAGACACCCACCUUCGAGGAAGAUCUGGAGAGGUUGUACCUGCAGCUGCAGCCCCUGUACCUCCAUCUGCAUGCCUACGUACGCCGGGCCCUGUACAAAAAGUAUGGUGCAGAGCACGUAAACCUGAAGGGUCCCAUCCCUGCUCACCUGCUCGGCAACAUGUGGGCCCAGUCAUGGUCCAACAUUUUCGAUCUGGUGAUACCUUUCCCAGAUGCCACCAAGGUGGAUGCCACCCCGGCCAUGAAAAAACAGGGCUGGACACCAAAGAAGAUGUUUGAAGAGUCGGACCGUUUCUUCACCUCUCUGGGCCUCAUCCCCAUGCCACAGGAGUUCUGGGACAAGUCCAUGAUCGAGAAGCCAGCAGACGGGCGGGAGGUGGUGUGUCACGCCUCAGCCUGGGACUUCUACAACCGCAAGGACUUCAGGAUCAAGCAGUGCACCGUGGUGAACAUGGACGACCUAAUCACGGUGCACCACGAGAUGGGCCACGUCCAGUACUUCCUGCAGUACAUGGACCAGCCCAUCUCAUUCCGCGAUGGGGCCAACCCUGGCUUCCAUGAGGCUGUCGGGGAUGUCAUGGCCUUGUCUGUCUCUACCCCAAAACACCUGCACAGCAUCAAUCUGCUGGACCAAGUCACAGACAACAAAGAAAGUGACAUUAACUACCUGAUGAGCGUUGCCCUGGACAAAAUCGCCUUCCUGCCCUUCGGGUACCUCAUGGACCAGUGGCGCUGGAAGGUGUUUGAUGGGCGGAUCAAGGAGGAUGAGUACAACCAGCAGUGGUGGAACCUCAGGAUGAAGUACCAGGGCUUGUGCCCACCAGCACCAAGGUCUGAAGAUGACUUUGACCCCGGGGCAAAGUUUCACAUCCCUGCCAAUGUUCCCUACAUCAGGUACUUUGUCAGCUUUGUGAUCCAGUUCCAGUUCCACCAGGCGCUCUGCGUGGCAGCCAACCACACGGGUCCCCUGCACACGUGUGACAUCUACCAGUCCAAGGAGGCUGGGAGGAUCUUGGGGAAGGCCCUGAAGCUGGGUUUCAGCAAGCCGUGGCCCGAAGCCAUGGAGCUCAUCACAAAACAGCCCAACAUGUCAGCUGAUGCCCUGAUGAGCUACUUUGAGCCACUCAUGACAUGGCUGGUGAAGGAGAAUGAGAAGAACGGGGAGGUCCUGGGCUGGCCUGAGUACAGCUGGACUCCUUACACAGCCACUCCAGCCCAAGCUGGCCCCGACCGAACUGAUUUCCUGGGCAUGUCCCUGGCUCACAAUCAAGCCACAGCAGGCGGCUGGGUCCUGCUCGCCCUGGCUCUCCUCUUCCUGAUCACCACCAUCUUCUUGGGUGUCAAGUUCUUCUCAACCAGGAGAAAGGCCUUCAAAUCCAGCUCAGAAAUGGAACUGAAAUAAAACAGCCAUCAGCGGGGGAGCACGGACAGGG